CAACUCCACCAGCUCCAAUUUCAAUUCAGGUUUGGAUAGGUAUUCCAGAACUAUUAGGAGAGGUUGACUCGGAAGGGGGAAUGGAGGAACCGUUAAUCGAACUAUUGGUUGUAAGGGGGUUAAGAGAAGCAAUACCUGGUCAAGAAGCAUUUCAUUGCAAGAAACAAGCAUCACUGAUGUUAACAAAAUUAGUAUGA